AUGGAGGAGGAAGAAGAGGAGGAGGUUCACAACAACAACAAAAAAGCGGUACACACAGACCGAAAUCUAAAGCCCGAGAUUCGCACUCUCGCGCCGAUCGACGAUCGACGAUCUUCUGCUUGCCUGUCCACACUGUCAUAUAAAAAGAUCAACCGGCGUACCAAAAGCGAUCAGUCUAACGCUGACCAGAAACUGUUCGGCUUCCUUUUGCUAGCCGUGCUCGGCUAUGCACGUGCGGAAGAGUUUAAUGGAUACUUCUACCCGAAACCCAGCUGUCCACUAGCAGAAACGGUGUACAUUACGCGAACGGAAACGGAUUACCAGCGUUACACGGAAACCAUCGCCACACCGGUGUACGGCGAUGAGCAGACGAUUGUGUCUUCUGUCUACAUUACCAGCACCUACACAGCGACCGUCCCGGUGUACCAGACGCUCACCAGUACCGCUACGUACACCGUAACACCGCCGCUGCAGCCGGCCCAAACAGUGUACAACACCGUAACGCUACCACCGAUCGUCUCCACCACGACCGUUGUGACGGCAACUCCUGUUUAUCGCACACAAACGGAAACGCGUACCGUUACACAGCCCCCCGUAACUCUACCGCCCCAGGUCAUCUACUCCACCGUACAGCUGCCACCGGUAACGCGCACGGAAACUUCCGUCUACACCACCACCACGCCCGUCAUCCAAACCGUUACCGACACGCGUACCGUAACGCUGCCACCUGUAACGCUUCCGGCACAAACCAUCUACUCGACCGUGCAGCUUCCACCGGUAACGCGCACGGAAACGUCCGUCAUCACACGUACCAGCCAGGUGGUGCAGACGGUACGUGACACCGUAACGGUUCCACCCGUAACGCUGCCAGCCCAAACCAUCUACUCGACGGUGCAGCUCCCACCGGUAACGCGCACCACCACAUCCGUCUACACGACCGCCACACCCGUCUACCAAACCGUCACCGACACGCGUACCGUCACGCUGCCCGGUGUCCCAGUGCCAGCCCAGACCAUCUACAGCACCGUAACGCUACCGGCCGUUACGCGUACCGUCAGCUCGGUCUACACGCAGCCGGGCGGUUUCCAGACGGUCUACGUCACACAAACCGAGUUUCAGCGCGAUCAGGUGCAGCCCCAAACGAUCUACAGCACCGUGACACUGCCCGCCGUAACGAAGACCUUCUGCGCGCCGACCUAUCUACCGCCCCAGAACACGCUCGCCGUCUACAACCAGGGACGCUACACGAACGGACUGUUUUAA